UAUGUUGGCACUGUGUCAUUGGGUUAAUGUGAUGUUUCAGAUCUCAACAGCGUGGCUGUAAUGACUAGGCUACCUGGUUACAACGCUGACAUUGACUUUAGGAUUGUUUGCUGCUUUUGCGGAAUGUCUCAGUGUGACGGGAUCAUAAUAAUUAUUACACGAUUGAUUGAUUUCCUUGGACUACUGAGCAACAGUUUCGGUCUUGACGGCUAUUGCCCGAAUAUAAGCAUGGUGUCCCUCUACUGCAUAAACAUACAGUCGGUUUUAGAUGCUAAUUUUGCAGUCUUCAUCUCUCUUAUCUGUUCCAGUGAUAAUGUUUAUUAUUUGAGCAGAGUCAGAUGUGCCUUUGACAUUUUGUUCUGUAGGUUGCACGUUUAAAAACUCAUGUCCUCCUUUGUUUUUGUGAAACCUUUGAGAUUGUUCAGGACUUUCUGUGAUUGGACAACCGAGAGUCAGGAGGUGUGUGGAAAUCACUUGAGACAGAAAGGCUUGACGUAUUUCAACCAAUCAGGUUUCAGUGUUUGGCUGCGCGAGGUUGUGUUAAAGGGGCCAAUGAACCACCUAUUGUAAAUAUGCAGAAUAUUCCCCCUUCCUGCUAUUUUCCCUAAGAAACAUAAACUUUCGAGGUUCUCAGACACUGCGAGAAAACCACCCUCAAGCGAAGUAUCGUUUGAUUGCCAGGAUUUAUAAUUGAAGGAUUUAUAAAAACGUAUUCUGGUGUCAAGGCUGACAAUCUAUUUUUAACUAACCUACUGUAACGUUGUUUGCUCACCUGAGCAUCACAUCAUGAAACUAAUUAGCAUCAAAAAACCAGCCUUCCCCUGGUUUGGCAUGGACAUCGGUGGGACGCUGGUGAAGCUGGUCUAUUUCGAGCCCAAAGACAUCACAGCGGAGGAGGAGCAGGAGGAGGUGGAGAACUUGAAGAGCAUCCGCCGCUACCUGACCUCCAACACGGCCUACGGCAAGACGGGCGUCCGCGACGUGCACCUGGAGCUGCGCAACCUGACCAUCUGCGGCCGCACCGGCAACCUGCACUUCAUCCGCUUCCCCACUCUGGCCAUGCACCGCUUCAUCCAGAUGGGCAGCGACAAAAACUUCUCCAGCCUCCACACCACCCUCUGUGCCACCGGCGGAGGCGCCUACAAGUUCGAGAGCGACUUCAUGACGGUGGCAGAUCUGGAGCUGCUGAAGCUGGAUGAGCUGGACUGCCUGAUCCAUGGCCUGCUCUACGUCGACUCUGUAGGCUUCAACGGGCACCCCGAGUGCUACUACUUCGAGAACCCCUCAGACACCCAGAACUGUGUCAAGAAGCCCUGUUGCCUUGACAACCCCUUCCCCAUGCUGCUGGUCAACAUUGGCUCAGGGGUGAGCAUCCUGGCCGUCUACUCCAAGGACAACUACAAACGCGUCACAGGAACCAGCCUGGGUGGUGGCACGUUUCUGGGCCUGUGCUGUCUGCUGACGGGCUGCGAGACCUUUGAGGAGGCCCUGGAGAUGGCCAGCAAAGGUGACAGCUCCAACGUGGACAAGCUGGUGAAGGACAUCUACGGGGGGGACUACGAGCGCUUCGGUCUGCAGGGGUCGGCUGUGGCCUCCAGUUUUGGGCACAUGAUGAGCAAAGAGAAGAGAGAGAGCAUCUCCAAAGAGGACCUAGCCAGAGCGACUCUGGUGACCAUCACCAACAACAUCGGCUCCAUCGCACGCAUGUGUGCAGUCAAUGAGAAAAUUGAGCGAGUUGUGUUUGUGGGCAAUUUCUUGCGGAUAAACACAGUGUCAACCAAGUUGCUGGCCUACGCCAUGGACUUCUGGUCUAAGGGCCAGCUCAAGGCUCUGUUCCUAGAGCAUGAGGGGUAUUUCGGAGCCGUUGGGGCAUUUCUAGAGCUGCUGAAGUCUUCGGAGGAAGCUUAAGAAGUGACACUUGAACCGCUGCCCAGACAAAAGCUGCUGAAUGGUUUCCUAAUGGAGACCUGCACAGGAAAAUGGGAAUUCUGGGGAAAACUGGGAAUACUUGGAGAAGCCAUGUAAUAAUUGAACUGUAAAUAUUCUAAACACUAUUCCCCUUCCCUGCUCCGGACCCCUUUUAAAAGAGAGUUUUAUAUGACUAACUUAAGGCCUUGUUCUGUCUUUGAGACACACAAGAUUUUGUUUUUGUUUUGUCUGUUUUUUCUGUUUUGGUGUUUCUUUGGUACUGCAUGUAAAUAUUAAUAAAAAUGUGUUUUUUAGAGUGUUCACUAAAUGCCAAACCUGCUGAGAUGUAAUGAGGGUUGGAACCUCCUGGCAGGCUGUACUGUACACCAGAGAGAGAAGCCUUCCUUCUUUCAAACCCCCCCCCCC